CAGCCAUAUAGGCCCAAUAACCCAAACCAAACCAAAACAUGGAUCUCCGUAGUUUGCUGUUUCGGUCGGAUUAAUCCAUUCCACUUUACUCCAGCCAAUCCUGGUUCCCGAAAUCCAAACGAACGCAAAGCCCCCAAAAAAAAGAGUAAAGCGAAGGGCACCUUGGGGCUCGCGUCUGCCGGCGCGCAUGGCUCCCGCAUCCACCUCGCCGCCGGCGAAGGCCCAAGUGACGACGGCGCCGGCGAAGUCUCCCCUCGUCGGCGGACUUGCGGAUCUGGACGCGGCCGUGUCCCUCCGCCUCCACGCCCUGUUCCUCCCGGUUCCCCGCCUCCUCCUCAAGGCCCUCGAGGUCGCCGGCGACGGCCGAAUCUGGCUCCCCGUGCCCAUAUCCCUCCUCCUGAUCUCCACCACCACCUCUUCCAAGGUAUCCCCUCUCCUCGUCGGCCUCGUCGCCGGCCUCGUGCUCGACAUCCUCUUCGUCGGCGCCGCCAAGCUCAUCGUCCGCCGCCCUCGCCCGGCCUACAACGCCGCGGACAUGUACGUGGCCGUCGCCGCCGACCACUGGUCCUUCCCCAGCGGCCACUCCUCCCGCGCCUUCCUCGUCGCCGCCUUCCUCGCGGCCGGCGGCUUCCCCCGCGAGGCGCUCUUCCUCUGGGCCGCCUCCACGUCGGCGUCCAGGGUGCUUCUUGGCCGGCACUACGUCCUCGACGUCGUCGCCGGGGCUUGCCUCGGGGUGUUCGAGGCCUGGCUCAGCUCUUUGUUGUUGAGGGCGAUGUGUGCUCGCAUCAGCUUCCUUGUGUGCUAGCUAUUGUUCUCUCACGAUUGGUUGCAGCAUUUCUGUCCCGAUUUGCAAAUUUUGUGAGCAAUUCAAGUUUAGCGAAUACAUUUUGUACUUAAUUCUUGAUGAAUUGAGCAUUAUGCGAAGCAGCAAAGGAGUGAUCACCCCAAUUGCUUCUCUAAGAUUAGUUAAUUGGUAGAAUGGUUGCUAUAUAUAUACUCCAUUGGUAGAGUAAAUUACUGCUCUUUCAUUUCUGAUUGUUGCAGAUUAGAGUGAUACUCUAACAUUGUUAAUCUGAGUAUCUGGUUGACUUCAUAUAUAAAAUGUGUUCUUGACGGAUUGUUCAUUGUC